AUGGGAAGGGCUGGAUGCGUGCAACAGACAAAAGAUGAAGAACCAGUGACCAAAUCCUGUCAGCAGAAAAAUAAAAAGCCAGAGGUAGCGAUUCGCGGUCCCGUCCGCUUCCCUUUCCCCGAGGCGUUGCGACGCCACCACAGCCUGCGCAGAAACGUAUCGGGGACGGCGACCAAUGAGGUAAGAGAGUUCUGCUUCCACGGUGCGUCUCGGUUCCAGCCGUCAACCAAGGAAGCGAAGCAAGACUACAAUACCCAGGGUGCAGCGCGCCAGCCGGGGCGGAGCCGGAGUUCCAAGUCCUUGGAGGAAGUAAAAGCAAAGCUAAACAAACACUCGCAACGUUGGAGUAGUAGUCUGGGUCCGAGUGCAGAACUACAUUUCCCAGCGAGCAUCGGGUCCGGGGGAGACCCUUUUUCUUGGCCUGGGCCUCCGGAGUCGCCACCGCUGCGGGCGCUGCUUUUCAAAAUGUCCAACAGAGAAUCUUGUGGCGAAAAAGAGAAGUCCCGGAGAAAAGGCACCACUGCAUCACUGAGCUUUGAUGUCCAAGAUAAGACAGAGAAAAAAACUUCAAGUUCUACUAGUUCAGCUUACUGUGUAAGGUCAGUUUCAUCAGAGAAGAGAAAACUGAAAUCAGAUCAUACAGACAUUCUAUACUGUGAUGUAAAAAGAAGACAAGAGCUGAAAAGAUUGGACGUAGCAACCGAGCCUCCAGGAAGGAAACAAAAAAUCAGUUCUUCAUCCCAAGGCCCUGUUAAACUCCAAGAAGCAUCAUAUUCAAAUGCUAAUCAAAUUAUUUCACCGAGUCCUUCUUCACAAGGAACUAAAAAAGAUCUAAGGAGAUAUGUAGAUUUUAAAGAUAUUAAAUUGACAAAUCUUAGGAAUAAGCCUGACCAUGGAAUUAAAAACCUUAGUAAUCCUAAAAUGGCCAAAGAUGUAAAACCUAAAACUGAAGUCCAGGCAAGUGAAAAACAAUGGCCUCAUGUACUUGCUCAGAGGGAGAAGAUGAAAGAACUCAAGAAAGAAAGGCACAGGAAAUGUAGGGACAGUUCUGAAAAACGCGUUUCAGAGAAAUGCAAGAGAAUCCAUUUUUCUCAGGAUCAUAAUUCCAACAAGAUACUUAAGGAACCCCUUGAAUCUAGAAGGAGGAGGAUCAGUUUCAAAAUCCCCGUAAAAUCCCGUGAUACCUUCCAGAAGCUUGUAGAAGAAAAUGUCUUCAGUUUAGAGUCUAACAAGUCAAAGACUAAGCAGGAGAAGAAACGCCUGGAAGGCUCCCAAGUUUCAUUAAAUUUGACCAGGCAUAAAAGUGAACAUUUAUUUUCAGAUUCCACAUCUAAGCAGGUUGUUCAUGAGUGGAAAGUAAAAAACCAUCCUGAGCAACAAGAAAGUGAUUCAAGUUCCAGGGAAAACGUAAUCCAGAGUUUUGAAGCUCCAUGUUCUUCAGCGUCGUUUGAAAGUAUUCAAGAUACAGAUCAAGAGAUGCAGAUAGUAGAAGAGCUCCAUGCUGCACGUGUGGGAAAAAGUGUGGAUUUGCCUGUGGUUUUCUCUUCCGGAGAGUUAACGAGCAUGGAGAUCGACUUGGUGGAAGAUGAUGUACAUUCCUCUGCUGCAAAUACUGCUUCAGAUAAAAAGCUUCUAAUUGUUAUUGACACAAAUAUUCUGAUGAAUCACCUCAAUUUUGUUAGAAUUUUGAAGACAACAGAAAUUCCAGGCUUUGACAAACUUGUGUUAAUAAUUCCCUGGGUGGUUAUCCAAGAGCUGGAUCGUAUGAAGGCAGGAAAACUGCUAAAACAUGCCCAGCACAAAGCUGUGCCUGCAGUUCAUUUCAUCAAUGACAGUCUCAAAGAUCAAGAUAGAAAGCUAUGGGGUCAGUCACUACAGCUUGCGUCGCAAAAACUUUAUGGACUGAGUGACGAGAACAAUGAUGAUCGAGUAUUAAAAUGCUGUCUUCAGUACCAGGAAUUAGUCCCUUGUUCUGUUGUUAUUCUGUGCACGGAUGAUAGAAAUUUAAGAAACAAAGGCCUAAUAAGUGGUGUGAAGUCACUCAGUAAAGAAGAAUUGAGUGCAGAGUUAUUAAACUUAUCUCUGAACACAGAUGUAUGUCAUCAGCCUUGUAUAUCUAAACAACAAUUGAAAGCAGAAGCAACACUGUUAGAAGAGAGCUAUAAGGAAGAAACUCCACAUUCUGGACAACCCAUUAUACUUGAAAGCAUUAUAUCGGAUCUUGAAAAAUCUCUUGGAACAGCUUUAUCUUCAAUAUUAGAAACAGAAAUGAAAAUUGCUUUUGGAAACCUUUGGAUGGAGAUGCUGUACUUGAAACCACCAUGGACUCUAAUUCAUUUAUUACAGUGCUUUAGAAAACAUUGGUUGGCUGUAUUUGGAUUAGUUAUGGAGAAGAACUUGCUUUUAACCAUUGAGAGCCUAUAUGAAAAUCUCUCUAAAGCUAACAAUGCAGUGGAUUUUACAACAUUGAAAUUUCUGCUUCAGGAUUCUAAAAGUUUGCUACACGCUUUCAGUACACGAUCAAAUUAUGAUGGUAUUCUUCCACAGGCCUUUGCUCAAGUCAGUGAACUACUUCAAACCUUUGCAGAGGUCAAGGCAAAACUUAAGCAAAAUCCUUCAGAAACUACAGUGGGUAAAAAGCAAGAAGAUACUUCUUUGAUGAAGUCUAAUAACCAAGAAAUCACCAUUUUCUCAGGUUCUCAUCUUCCGCAACCUAACAGGCAUCAAGAAAUCUGGUCUAUCCUAGAGAAUGUUUGGAUUACAUUAUAUCAGAACAGCAUGGAUGUAUUUCAAAGAUUGGGCUCAAAUGCAGCUUUGACUUCUUCAAAAAUAGCAUCAUUUGAAGAAGCAUAUGUAUCUCUUCAAAAGUUAAUGGCAGCUGUGAAAGAUAUUCUUGAAGGAAUACAGAGGAUUUUGGCCCCUAACAGUAAUUAUCAAGAUGUUGAGCCCCUCUAUAACUUCCUAAUCAAGUAUGAGGUAAAUAGAAAUGUCCCAUUCACUGCCCAGGAACUUUAUGAUUGUGUUUCACAGUCUGAGUAUCGGGAAAAGUUAACCAUUGGAUGCCACCAGCUGGUUGAGAUGGAAUGUUCCAUGCAGCAGUGCAGUGCCUCUGUCUAUAGGGAGGCCCAAAGCAGGGGAUGGUGUGAAGACACGCUCAACUAUAGGACCUAAAUGCUGAUCUGUAACUUCAAAGGAAUUGCAGUUGUCUUCAAGAACAAGAGUAGCCUUCAGCCUUUUGAGUCAAACCCAAGAGACUUGUAAAAAAUGCCUCAUAGGUACAAGAAGGUGGUUGCCUAUUGCUGAAAAUCUCAUUGCAGUUCUAAAAAGCCUAAAUGCAUCCAUUGUGGGAUAAACUAUGGACUCAACUCAUUGGAGUUAACAGUACUUCCCUACCUCUACUCCGGACACUGAGCCAGUUUGUCUGAAGGAAAGGAGAGCCAUCUUUUUAAUCAUCUUACGGCAGGAGCCCCUUUGGCAUCUGUGGAUGGCCUGGGGGCAGGGGAUUCCCAUCUCUCUCAACCCUAAGCAUGGGUCCAUGACCAGAGACACUUCCAAACCUCAAGAAUUAGGACACGGCCAUGCUCACCCUGCCACACAAGAAAUCUUACCCUGGGCUGUUUUAAGAUCAAAUCGUCUUCCCUAUAGACCUGAUGAACUUAACACAUGUCCCUUCCACUUCCGCUAAGGUAAUGUAAGUAGAAUUUUUACUUCAGCUUGUACUUGCUAUAUAGUUUUCUUCUCUUCUUCCCUGGGUUUGUCACUUUUCAGUGCAAUUCUAAUGGGAAGAGCAGGGGAGACCUCUAUACUGAUUUUUCCCUUAAAUGUGAAGGAGCAUGGAUUUAUGGGAGUAGGUGGCAGGGAAUUCAUAUUUGCCUCUAGCUAAACCAAGUGUUAUAGUUGAUUUCUUAGUUAUAGAGUAAGCUGGAAAUCCUUGUUUACUAGAGCAUAUUAUGCUUUUGUUAAUACAGUAGAUUAAAUCUAAUUUGCUAUUCUAUGGUGUUAAUUUAUUUUUUACAAAACAAUAAAUUUUAUUUUUAGUACAAUUUUGCUUUUUCAUUUUACUUCCAAAUUGUGUUUCUGAACUGUGACAAGGUAUGAUGAUAAAUCAGCCCUCUCCAGUAAAAGAGAAUCUACCCAAGAUGCUCGCAGUCAGUCUCUGCAGGACCCACUGAGCUGUAUGUUUGCAUCGGAAGCCGCACCCCUACCUGGGGCUCCAAUGACAUUAGGGAUAGGGAUAAGAGCCAUGUGGGAGAAGCUUCCAGAGGAUCUUCGCUCUCUGCAAAAAACAUUCCCUCCACCCUGAAGUUUUUUCAGAUCUUUAACCCUCAGCUGCUUCUGGUGGUGGUUCCUGGGCUUUGGUUCUGCUGUUGCCUCCCUCUCCUUUUUGCCUCUUAUCUUUUUAACAUAGGUUGUGAUUUUUAGGAAUUUCUCUCCUGCACUUUCACAUGUGCAUAUAGAUUUUAUCUUAGUUUAUGUAUCUUUUCCUUUGUACAGUAAUUUGUCAAUUUCAACCUCCAAAUUUUUAAAUAUUUUACUGAUAUGUGAAGAUGUUUUCCUCUGACUUCCUAGUCUUUUUGUUCUUUUUAAACAUUCUUUUAAACAUGUUUAGGCUUUGUUUCUUUGAAAUGUCAGGUUUCUUUGGUGCCUUUUUUUCUAAUUGUAACCGUUUUUUUUUUUUUUUAAUCUAAUCUUAAUUUUAUACUUUAACUAUUAUACUGUACUUUUCUGUUACAUGCUAGUAUAAUGCAGUUUAGGAUUCCCUCUCCCUUCCUCUUUCUUUUUUGGAUCUCUCCUCUGGAUUGAGAUAACUCAGUUGACCUAAGGAUCAUAAACUCUACCUUGCAAAACACGUUUGUUUUGGUGGAAGAUCCUUGGGAGAGGAACUUAACAGUUCUAAAAUCUCCAUUCUUCAUUAUGUAUGCCUGUUGUAUUUUGGGUAGAAGCCAUCCUAAGCAUGCCAGUAGGGACAGAUGAGGGAAGUCAACACAGGGGAAGGGGUUUUCUACAUGAUGCCUUUGGCCUUGCCUUAGUGAGGAGUCCUUAAUAACUUCAUGAGGGACAUCCAUGAGGAUUAUCCCAGCAAAGUUUCUGGCACCAUUUUCCACUAGCCUUUUCCAGUUUACUUUUACCAAAGAUAAUGCACUUCCUGAGAUUAGGGAGGAUCCUUUGGGUGUAGCAGCCCCAGCAAUUCCAGCAUUCUGGGCCAAGGGAAUGCUGGUGUUUCGUGCCCUACUGGGAUUUUGUUAGUCCCUGUAGUAAGCAAUUUGCGACUGCACAGAUUAGAACCUCACAGAUGGUCAACUUCAGUUUCCUGUUGUGGUCUUUGCCUGUCACCUGAAGGGCAAACCUGAAGCUUGUUUCCUUUAUCUUUUGACCGUCACCUUCAGGGAGAACGGGAAUCUUUUCACUCUUUAGGGUAGACCCAGAUUUCUUUAGAUGGGUGUCUUGAUCUACCUCGGAUCACUUUGUUUGUACUUUCUGACAACCCACCCAUCUCCUGGAGCCCUUUUGAAACAUCCUUUCUUAUCCAAUGAGUCAGCAUGAAUUUCUCUUUUCUUUUUAAGAGGGAAUAUAUCUCACUGUUGAGAAAUUAAAUACAUCUUCCACUCUCAGUAAGUGAUGCCACGCAAAGCCCUUUUCUGGUUUAGACUGAAUUGACAGGCCAGUCAGCCUCCCAGUUAAUGGCUCUUUGGCUAUUUUACCAAUAAAACCCACUCCAGUGAAAACACCACUAUGAACUUGAACAAUUACCAGCUAUGAAACUAUUAAGGUGAGGUGGCUCAGUGCCCCUAUCUACAAACUUGUUGUCUCACAUGUUAAUUCUUUUAGUUCUAAUCUUUCCUUAGCUUUUGCAAUUCUACUGUAGUCUGAUGGUUAUGGGUUAAACUACAUUAGCUCGGUAUAUAAUCCUUGCAAGGCCAGUGGCAAUCAAUGGUUCCCGGCUGGGAUUUCCAGCAAGGUAAAAUAGGCUGUUUCCUAGUCCCCCUUUUAGAGCCUUCUCCUUUAAAGGUUUGAUACCUUUUGGGGGGCACCUGGGUGGCUCAAGUGAUUCAGCAACUAACUCUUGGUUUUAGCUCAGGUGGUGGUUUCAGGGUCCUGGUAUUGAGCCCCACAUUGGGCACCAUGCUCAGCAGAGCCUGCUUGUCCCUCUCCCUCCAUUCCUCCUCCUGCACGCUAAGAAAAAAAAAAUUUUUUUUUUAAGGUUUGGUGUCCCUUUGGUUAAACUAGUUUUGAGUUUUGCCAAAACACAAUUGCAUCAUCACCAGCAUGAUUAAAAUAUGAAUUCCAUUGCUCCACAAGACUUCAUCUUUUUAAUUCCCAAGUAGUAUUUCAUUGCAUGGAUGCACCAAAUUACCCAUUCAGCAGCUGGAAGGCUGUUUGAGUUGGUGACUGAAUAAAGCCGCUAUACUCACAUACAGGUUUGGGAGUGAACAGGUUCUCAUUUCACUUGGGUCAAUACCUAGGUAAGUGAUUACUGUGUCAUAGGGUAUUUUGUCGGAAACUGCCAGUUUUCCAAAAGGGACCUUCCAAUUUUGAUUCCUCCAGCAAUUUGAGUUCCAUUGAUCUGCAUCCCAACCAGAAUUUGAUACUGUUUUAACAGGUGUGUAUGUAACUCUACUGUCCCCAUUUCCCCAGUUUAGGACAGUGGGCAUCUUUUCAUGUGCUUAUUGGAAUCCAUUUAUUUGGUAAAGUGUCUUGUUUAAAUCUUUUCCCCAUUUACUUGUUGUUGUUGAGUUCUGGGUACCAGUCAUUAUCAGGCAUUUUCGUUCAAGCCUGGACCUUUAAAGACUCAGUACCACCUGUUUGAGACAAAACACUUGCUUAAUGCAAUCAAUUUCAUCAAUUCAAUUUUAUCAGUUUUAUCAAUUAUAAGAUCUAGAGAUCUUUGAUUUGGGAGUAGCCUUAAUGGAUAGUUGGCCCUGCUAAUUACUGAACUAGUUACAUUUGGUAGGUGCCUUUCAACUUUUAAUCUGGCAGCUUAUUCACUUGCUGUACAUUUCAUUCAGCUCAUCUUGUGUCAUCCCUCAUUUCUUUCUUUCAUCCAAGUUUGGUACUGUGUGUCCCUUUUUCCCAAGCUAAAAUUACUCCCUUUGCUCACUUUGAGCAAAUGUGUAGCCAUCUAUUCAGACAUAUACCCUUUUUAGAUUCUUAAAAUCCCCCCAGGUAUCAACCCUAUACACACUUAGUAACUGAGCUUUUGCUUCUCGCUCUUAUUCAACCCACAGGAACACAUGGAGUGUGAAGCUUCAAUAUUCUGUUGGCCAUUGUGCUAGGACUUGUUGCUCAGUGCAUCAUUUUACAACUGAGAACAUUCUGGUUUCACUAUGAAAGAAACUGGUACUUCAGAGAAUUCCUUGUUAACCUACUCAUGCUUCCUUCCUAUUUCUUGAUUUUAAAAAAAUGAAUAAAUGUGACAUGUAACACUGUUAAGUUUAGGGUGUAUAGCUUACUUUGAUGCAUUUAUAUAUUGCAACAUGAAUGCCAUGGAGUGAUACUUACCACAUUACAUAAUUAUAGCAUCACAUUAUCUAUACUCAUCAUACUGCACAUUAGAUCUCAGGUUUAUUUAUUACUCAUUACAAGUCUGUACCCUUAAACACCAUCACUCUUCUCCAACCCCCCCCCCCCCCAAUCCUCUGGUAACCACCAUUUUACUACAUACAUUGAUGUUUCCUUGCGUUUCCCUUUUUCUUUUAGUUUUUUUAAAAUCACCCAGUUAAUACACCUAUAGUCAUUUAAUGAAAGACUCUUCAAAUCCUUUUUUAGAACCAAGUAGGAUACAAAUAAAUGACAAAGAUUAUAAGGACAAAAUUUUCUGUGAUCUCAUAUUCUUCCAAAGGCAACGCUGAAGUUGCAGAAAUACCCUCCAGGGACUCUUUCUGUUACUUUCUUCAGUUUUAAGAAUUUUAAGAUCUGGAGAAAUCACAGGGUACAUAUCCGAGAGUAUUAAGCAAGGAUUGUAGUACUGUAUCACACUUCCAGAUCCAAUUUUUUCCUCUAGAAUAGAAGGAAUUAUUUUUUAAAAAAUUAACAUAUAAUGUAUUAUUUAUUUCAGGGGUACAGGUCUGUGAAUCAAUAGUCUUACACAAUUCACAGCACUCUAAAAGAUAAGGAAUUCUAAAACAUGUUGAAAGGGAAAGCAUGUAAGAUGUACUAGAGGCCAAAAAUCAAAACCCUACAAUAAAAUUCAUGUGUGAGUAUAACAAAUUAUUAAUUCAAGCAGGUAUUUUAUGGUUUUGCUACUGUUUUAGUCAUCUAGUACAUUUAAGGUAUAGGGUAGUUAUUACCAGUGUUCUUUCUAAACUACCCCCAAAACCCAUACUGAUGGUAAAAACAUUUUUUAAAUUUUCUCCUUCCCUCAAGAAAAACAUGUACCUUUUAGAUGGAAAUAAAUAUAAACAAAUGGUCAAUGAGCACUUUCCCUCCCCUUUAUGGGAGCUUCUAACAUACUUAAAAAACAUACUUUUAACCACCAAACUACCUGUUUGGCAUCAAUAAUAUAGAAAAACUCUGACCCAGAGUAUUCACACCUAUUAUUUGCUUAAUGCUACUUAGGAAUUAAGAAGUAAUUUCAAAUAUUUCACUGCUGAAUCCCCCAACUAAGAUUUUAUUUCCUUGGCCUAAACAGAACAUAUACAGAUCCAUUUAAAAAAACAGUCAUCCUACAAGGCAAAUUCAAAUCUGCCAACCUGCUUUUAAUCCAGAACCAAACCAGCAAUAAAUAAAGUCAUUUACUACAUAGCCACCAGGGUGAGCUUUCUUGAUGGUGCUUUAUGGAAUAAAUGAAAGAAGGUGUCUAAGUACCAGUGGAACAAUUUUCUUUCUAACCCAAGUUAGCCACUGGUUGUCAUCUUGUCCUAGUUGGCUCGUUAGA